AUGCCUCGGUAUGCGCAGCUGGUCAUGGGCCCCGCCGGCAGCGGUAAGAGCACCUAUUGUGCCACCAUGGUCCAGCACUGCGAAGCCCUCAAUCGGUCCGUCCAAGUUGUGAACCUAGAUCCUGCCGCAGAGCACUUCAGCUACCCCGUUAUGGCCGACAUCCGGGAACUGAUUGAAGUAGAUGAUGUGAUGGAGGAUGACUCCCUGCGGUUCGGGCCCAAUGGAGGGUUGGUAUUUUGCAUGGAGUACUUUGCUAGCAAUUUUGACUGGCUUGAGAACUGUCUGGGCCAUGUCGAGGACGACUACAUCCUUUUUGACUGUCCAGGUCAGAUUGAGUUGUACACUCACUUGCCUGUGAUGAAGCAGCUGAUUCAGCAGCUAGAACAGUGGGAGUUCCGAGUCUGCGGAGUUUUUCUUGUUGAUUCGCAGUUCAUGGUGGAGUCAUUCAAGUUUCUUUCUGGUGUCAUGGCUGCCCUGAGUGCAAUGAUCUCUCUAGAAAUUCCACAAGUGAACAUCAUGACAAAAAUGGAUCUGCUGAGUAAGAAUGCUAAAAAGGAAAUUGAGAAAUUUCUAGAUCCAGAUGUGUAUUCACUGUUAGACGAUUCUACAAGUGAUUUAAGAAGCAAAAAAUUCAAAAAAUUGACAAAAGCUAUAUGUGGAGUGAUUGACGACUACAGCAUGGUGCGAUUUUUACCGUAUGAUCAGUCUGAUGAAGAAAGCAUGAACAUUGUAUUACAGCAUAUUGAUUUUGCUAUUCAGUAUGGAGAAGACUUGGAAUUUAAAGAACCGAAGGAACAUGAAGAAGAGUCAUCUUCUAUGUUUGAUGAAUAUUUUCAGGAACACCAGAGGGAAUGA